AGGACACCAAAAGCGGCGAAAAUCAGCAAAGUAGUAAAAACCCGAAGGUGGACGCAGGGAACUUGAAGUGCAAGAACGAUGCGCAAAUAUCAAAGAUCCAGCAAAAUAAUGAAGUGGCGAAACCACGAGUCAAAGACACCCUGUCUGUGCAGGAUUUUGUGCGGUGGAAAAAAGUGAAAACCGAGAAGCACCUGCUCAGGGAGGAAGCUCGGAAACAGAAACACUUUCAGGAACUGUUUUACCCGGCACUCCCGAUCGCCGCGGGCCACGCGGUGUACGCCCCGGGCGCGAAGCAGGGCGUCACGGUCUACUUCCACAAAAAGCGGAAGCGGGCGGUCCCGGGCAGUGAUUACUUCUUUCCCUACUGGCUGAUCAAAACGGAGCUGGACAUCAACGCGAUGCGGUAUCAGGAACACGAAGCCCGUUUUUCCACGCUGCGGGCAGCAAUUGACUGCGCGGCCGGACGGUACCGAAACCAGGCGACGCAGUUUGUCCCCAAGUACCAGCCCAAGGAGCGGGACUUUACCUACCGGGCGGGCGGCGUACUGGUGAAGGGCCGGGAAAAAAUCAUCGAGCCUCCCCUUAACGUCUCGGAGGCAGACAAGCUGCGGCCGGACUACCAAGUCCUCCUCCACAAAUGG